ACGUCAUACAAAAAUACAAUCCUGACUGUACAUCCGCACUAUAUAUUAAGUAGCCUCCCUCCACUGCCGCCCUCAACUCUCAUACUCCCAUACCAACUCCCACAGCUCUGUCUCUGUUGCCUGAAUUUGUGUAAUUGUCUUGAUCGAACUCUGCAGAGGGACAAUGGGCAGGGAAGAGAGAGCAGAAUCCUCAAUCAUGGCACUAAAGAAGAAGGACAAGGUUUCCAUAAUCAAUCGUGUUAAGAAGAAGCCUCGCAGGUCAUCUUCGCGUAAGAGUAGUCUCCAGAAGGUAAAAAGGGGGACUUUGAAGCGGAUUCAAGAUGAGAUGGCAGAGGUGAGGGUAGAGACUAAUUCCGUGAAAGAGUGCCAAGAGACGAUCCUGACGGAGUUGGAUGAUCUCAGAUCUGAUAUCGCUCAUACCAGGGAGGUCAAUAAGCAUGUGAUCAGGCACAACACCCUCACCCACCAGUUGCUCGAUCUUAUGCUUGCUAGGAUCAUUACUGGUUCGGGAACUGUGCCAUAGCAUGGAUCAAGUCUCCUGUGAUUCAAGGAAGACCAACACAACUGAUACACGUCUUGUGACCACCUUCAUACCAUUGUGUUUUUAUAGUGUUUUUCAGUUUUUGUAUAUUACGUACCUGUUCUAAAUUCUAUUGCAUCCAGGCUUUAUUAAUACGCCUAAACAUCAUGUUAACAUUCGUAAUAACAUUGUACUUUUAUGAUGUAAUGAUUGUUCUGACCAUGUUGUAGUGUAUUUCAAUCUUUCUAUAUUAAACCUGUCUAUUUUGGGGCUUGUAUA